AGUCCGUAGGCCUGUUGAGGUAUGGGCGUUUGCAGUUCGCCUUUCCCUCGACUGGACCCCUGCUUUUCUCGGACUGUUCCGAACAGUCAUGGCCUGGGAGAGUGCAGACAAGCACGCCUUUGGAAUGGGAAAGACAUAUAUAUAUGAAGCUUUCUGACUCAGUUUUCCCUGUCCCUCCGUCCCUCGACCGUCAUUUUUGCCUCCCCUCUGGCAAAAACCUCCCCGCCAUGAAGCUGUUUGUGUGGACGCUGGUCGUCUGCUCGGUCUCCGUGACGCAAGUCUUCUCACUCCCGGGCCUCCCCAUCAAUCUCUCUGACAGCGUCCAUCAUACGCCUUCCCCCCCUCUGGAGACUGACAACAACCCUUCUACAAGUUUAUCGCUGAGCUCUCCUGGGGGAAGUGGCCUUCAUCGUAGCCCAAGAGAGCACAAUCUGCUCAAUCUCGACAAGUCGACUACCCCUGGCCCUUCUGAUGGCCAUGCCGCAGAGCAAGAUGAUGUUCAGCCCCUGCACUUAACUCAUUUGAGAGAGCCCGACACCGAUGACAACAACACAGGUGCUGAACAACAGCAACAGCGGUCUGGAACACGGGAGGCUGGUACGACUCGUAGCCCGUCUCGCUCUAGACGUGAGGGAUCUUCGACGCUCAAUCGCCGCGGCAUGAUCCUCUCCAAGCUCAGUGGAAAGGAUGGGCAAAGUAAGAACGGAGAGUCAGAGAAGAGUCGCAGCAAGUCCGGUGAGUCGCAGAUGAAUGUGCUCUCCGUAUGUCUCUCUUUCGAUAGGUCAAAGCUGACUACUAUGUAAAGGCGUUGCUUUAGAAUGUCCUCCUUCUACUACUAAGACAGAACUCGCUGUCGCUUGCGCUACUGCUGGUGCUCACAUGACUCAUCCGGGCCCUAACAUGCAUCCAAGUCUCGGUCCGGUUUCUUAUCAAGACCUUAUUCAGGAAUCUGGAGCCAACACCGAUUGAAAGCAACUUCUGAUCAGAAGCGACUAAGGGGUUCCAGGGCCAUACGGCAUCAUUUUUUGGUCCUUUGUUCACCCUCCUGCCUUGCGAUCCACUUCAUACAAUCUUGUUAUGCCAUGAAAAAG